AUGUCGUCGCAACAGGAUGCACGUGCUCAGGCGGCAGAAGAUGAGGAGGAGGACAGUCCCAUGGAGGAUGAGGCUGAUGAUGGGGAAGCAGGCGAAAGUCAAGGCCAGGCCAACGCUGCUGAUACGCUGUGCAGAGCCAGGUUGCCAUUGAGCAGGAUAAAAGGUCUGAUGAAGAGUGACCCUGACGUGGGUAUAACUAGUCACGAAGCUGCUUUCCUCGUUUGCAAGGCCACUGAGAUGUUCAUUGGUACACUAUCUAAACUGUCCUACACGAAAACACACAUGGCCAAGCGAAAAACUCUGCAGAAGAAAGAUGUGGAGGCAGUGUUUCCGGACUGUGAUGAGUAUUCAUUUCUUGAUGGCACCUAA